AUGGUGACUGAGAUGGGUGCCCAGAAUCAUGCCCACCCUAUGAAGGCCUGGAGUUCAGGUCGUGUGCUGACAAGCGCGCAAAGAGCGCGCAAACAGAGGAUGGAUCGAAUCUCGAAACAACAGCUCCAUCAACGACAGCAAGACCAUCUGCGCAUGCUCGAAAGUAAAAUCUUGGGCUUGGAGAUUAGUAUUUCGAAGGCUAUUGAUGGCCAUACUGCGGAUUCGAAUGAUGAGUUACCUCUCUCUUCACUUGAAGAAGCCUAUCAGGCAAGCCCCAUUUCAUACGGUCUCUGGGAUUGCACUUCGGCCUCCCAUUUCCAAGCACCAAGCAUCACACCGGGAACGGAUAAGCAAUCGGUGGGAUCACACUGUAUAAGUGACAUGAACUGUGUACUCACAAAUCUGAGCGAAGAACGCGGUGGGAAGGUCAUGAACUAUUCCCGCCAGGCUGUUCAGAUUCUUGGCUCUGUACACACUCUUGAUCCGUCCCGUGUCUGCACAGAUGAUCAAAAGAAUCAAAAUAUACUGAUUCGCGCCAUCCUGGAAGGAUGGCAUAUACUACAAUAUAAAAAUAACUGGGCUUGCGACUAG